ACAUAAAACCAAAAGAAAACAAUAAUACCACAUGAGAAUUUGAGACCCUCUCUCUCAGCAGCCUGAGAGAAAAAGAGAAGAACAUAAGAAGGAAAGAAAAAAAAAACAUCCAUUUGAAGGGGUUCAAAGAUCUUCUCAGAUCGGGACCAAAAAAAUUGUCAUGGGGAGGGAAGGUACUGGUAUAAAGGUGGGGAACGGAGAAAUGGAGAGGAAGGUGGUGGAGAAGAAGAUUAAUGGUGUCGUGGUGACUUCAAUUGGUUUUUCUCGUGGUAAGGUCCACGUUGCUCCCAAAGUUUCAGAAGAAAGCAUUGAAUCAAAGGAUUUUAAGGUGAAGAACCCUGUUGAAGAAAACAAAGUUGCUGUGGAAUCUGAGGAGAAGCAAAAUGUGCUGGCUGUUAAGAGUACAAAUCUUGAUGAUGACUCGACUGAUGCCAAAAAUGAGAAACCUGAAUUUCCGAAGCCGAGUGACAUUAAAAAGUUGAACUUAAAAUCCACUGCUGCUGAAAAUGGGCAUUCAAAUCAGACUGUUGGGGCUGAAACUGCCACUGCCAAAAAAUCCAGCAAUUCUGAGUCUCCUGAUGCUAAUAAGAGCUCACAGUCUCCUCUUGCUACUAAGAGUCCACAGUCUCCCAAUGCAGAGCCUCCCAAGAGUUCACAGCCAACUUCACCUCAGUCAUCAGGAGAGGGCGCGGAACAUGAUAGUAAGAAGCAUGCUAAUGAAGAAGAUAUUUGGUCUCUGACUUCCUCAACUGCUGCAUCAAGAACACCUAAAUUCAAGGUUACAGUUGGACAAGCUCCCACGUUUAGGAUCUACGAACGUAUAGAGAAAAGGAAAGAGUUCUACUCGAAGUUGGAGGAAAAGCAUCAAGCUAUGGAGGCAGAGAGAAGCCAGUGGGAAGCAAGGGCCAAGGAAGAGCAAGAAGCAGCCAUCAAGGCACUGAGGAAGAGCAUGGUCUUCAAAGCAAAUCCAAUACCUAGUUUCAUUUACGAGCCCCCUCCUCCUAAGGCUGAACGCAAGAAGCUUCCACUCACUCGGCCCAAGUCACCAAAACUAAACAGUCUAAGCCGGAGGAAGAGCUAUGGCGAUGCAAUCACCAACUCAUCCGCAGAGGAAAAAAAGAAAGGCUGUUCUCGGGCACAACGUCACAGCCUUGGCACUCAUAAGGAAGAAUCCACGCCUCCCAAAAGUAAGGCUCAGUCCGGAAGGCGAAACAGCCUUGGCGGUUGCAAGACCAAAGACCAUUCGAAACACGAAAGGGAAACAACGGAAACAUCUCGAAAGACCGCCGAGCAGACAUCGGAUUCGAAUGACGAUGGACACCAAAGCUUCCUUUAACAUCAAGUGCGAAAAAAAGGGUCUUGAAUUUGGUGGGUUUAACAUUUGGAUGAACUGAAGAGAAAUAGCUUUUGUUUUACUUUCCUCCUCAAAUGAUUUGUUUACUUGGGUUUGUGUUAAUUGUGAAUUGUAUAUGGUUUUGUAAGUUAAAACGGUAACUGGUACAUAUCUCAUCUCAUCUUGUUAUAUAUAAAAGGUUUAGGCUUUCUGUUUCAUGUGAAA